UACAAACCCUAAUUUCUAAACCUACGCUUUAAAACCACUGACACUUUGGCCUGAAGCAAAACAAAUAGAAAAGGUUCUUCUCAGUUGUCAUAUAUAUGCUGGAAGAGAAACACUGUGGAAACACGCACACAAACCCUAACCAAACCCUUUUAGCUUUCAAGCCUCGGCAGGUAUUGCUUGCAGAGCAAAAGGCGAAGGCAACGACGACGAUGAUGAAGCCCUGCAACAGCAAAACCCUAACCCUAAAUCCCGACCAGAAAGCCCUUCUUCUCCAUUCCGUUCUUCAGUACCUUGAACACAACAGCUUCUCCAGAGCCCUCAAACGUUUACUCUCGGAAGCUCAAAUCGAGAAUGACAGCUGGAAGACUUGUUCACUAAAUUUGGAAGAUAUCUAUGGCAACUAUUUGGAGACAUGUACUCGUGCUGGAACAAAAUGUGACCCCUACAAGGAGCAAGAAUUGCUGACUAACUGCAUUACCAAAAAAGAUGGAGACGGUCACUGUUCUGCCUUUGAGCAAACUGUUGGAAGGAAAAAGAAAAAGAAAAGUGAUGAGAGUGAUAGCAAUGCUGCAGCAAAUCAAUCUGGAACUGAUGAUAAAUUUUCUGAAUCUACUAAGAACUCCAGGGAGAUACUAGCAAAUGACUUGCUCACUGAUUCAAAUGUAGAGUUUAAAGAGGAGAAGAAAAUAAAAAGAGUUUCUGAUUCUCUUCAUCAAACUGAAGAAGUUGAUGUGCAGUCAUUGAAGAAGCCCACUGCUGAUACAGUCUGUGAACUGCAGACAGAUGAAUCCACUAAGAAACAGAAGGAUAAGAAGAAAAAGAAAAAUAAGUCAAUUUCUGAAUCACUUGAUGGUAUUGUCGAGGAAAUGCAAUUAGAUUCGUUGCCAGUGGUAAAUGAAGAGACAUGCACAAAUUUGAAACCUUCCUUAGGUGGUGGUAAAAUUGAUUCUGAAGCAGAAGUUAAAUCUAAAGAUAAAAAGAAGAAAAACAAGCCAACUACCGAUUCUCAUGGUGACAAUGUUGAGCAUUGUGCCUUGGGGGAUAAGAAGCGUUUGAUUGCUAAUAAUCUUGGUGGAAAUGUAGGACAACAAUCAGAUUUGUUGCCAAUGGCCACUGAAGAUAAAUCCAAAGAUUUAACAUCUUCAAAAGGCAGCAAUAAAACUGAUUCUGAGGCAAAAGGUAAAUCUAAAGAUAAAAAGAAGAAGAAAAAACAAAGUACGGAUUCUCUCGUUGAAAAUAUGGAGCAAUGUAACUCUGCCUUGGAGGAUAUGCAUAACAUUUCAUUGGAGGAGAAAAAGGUUGGAUCUAAAGAUAAGAAGAGAAAGAAAGAGGGUUCAAUUUCUGAAACAUUGUCUGGUGGGGUUCCUGAAGUGCCUAACAAAGAUGAUCCAAUAAAAAAUGGGUCAAGAAAGAAAUCUGUUCAGGCUUUUGAGGAUGCAACUGGCAAGGAAAAAAAGAGCUCCAAAAAAAGGAAAAGAUUGGUUUCUGUUGAAAAUGAGGGGCAGCUUGUUGAGAAAUUAGUAAGCGAGGAGUCAAAACGCAGAAAAACGGAACGUUUGGAAGAAACAAAGUGCUGUGAACAACUUACAAAAGUGAAUGCAAUAACAGGUGAUGAUGAGCAUGCUGAGAAAAAAAAAGAAGGUGAAAAUGGUCAUGUUGUUCAAAUUGCGUUCCAAAACACAUCUAUUGAGGCACAUGCAAAUGGGAACCUUGAGGAGGAUGGAGAGAAAUCUGCUGCUCAGAAAAUCAGAAAAAAGCAACAUAAUGGUUCGGCAGAGCCAAAGACAGUGAAUGCAUUUCAAAGGGUAAAAAUUGAUGAGGUGGAAUUUGCUGAUGAGAGGCUUCAAAAUAAUUCUUACUGGGCCAAGGAUGGUGCGGAGGUUGGAUAUGGUGCCAAAGCACAGGAAAUUCUUGGGCAGGUUAAAGGAAGGGAUUUUCGUCAUGAAAAAACAAAGAAGAAGCGUGGUAGUUAUAGAGGAGGGCAGAUUGAUCUACAAGCCCACUCAAUAAAGUUCAAUUAUUCUGAUGAUAAUUGAGAGGCUUCUGAUUGUGAGUGAAAAGUUCUUGCCCUUUGUUUGUGGUUUUCUUAUGAUUCUAAACUAUUUCAUCGAUUCUUGUGGGUCAUUGAUGCUGCAAUUCUUGCAUUAGUGUUCCAUAAACCAAAUUUUGAGUUGAUUAUUAAGAUUUACAUGUAGUAUGAUACUUUUAUCUUAAUUAUUCAGAAUUUUGAACUUAAAAUCUUCAA